AAAAUGCAAUCUCCGAGCAGAUCACCAGAAAUUAUGGAUCAUCGGUUCAAUCAUUUGCGAAUACAACCAUCAUCAAGUCGGAUUCUGUACGACACACCGUGUAAGGUAUGUCGAGAUCACAGCUCUGGAAAGCACUAUGGCAUUUUCGCGUGCGACGGCUGCGCGGGAUUCUUUAAAAGGUCCAUCCGCAAGAGCAGGGACUACGCCUGCAAGUCCCGCUCCGAGGGCCAGUGCGUGGUGGACAAGACGCACAGGAAUCAGUGCAGAGCGUGUCGCUUGAGGAGAUGCUUCCAAGCGGGCAUGAAUCGCGACGCUGUCCAGCACGAGCGCGGGCCGCGCAACUCUACUCUGAGGAAACAAAUGUCGCUGCUGAUCAACAGGGAACAUCCCAUCAUGACGGAUUUGCAGAUGAGACGCGAUCUGAUCAUGUCUCAGGCGAUGCCGCUUUCCCUGGCGCCGCCGCCGGCACCCAUCGUUCUCGAUCUCUCAGUGCCGCGUUCGUCGCUCCUCUCAGCCACCAGCAACUUCAUGCCUCUUAUGACUCCGCGGGUGCUUCCGCCCACGCCGCCACUGAUGGCGGCCGGGACGAUCCGCGAGGCCGCCGAGGCGAUGCGCGAAUCUGCCGCCAAUCUGCUCUUUCGCAACGUCGAGUGGUUGCUGAGUCUCCGCGUGUUCGUCGAUCUCUCGGUGUCUGACCAAUUCUUCCUACUCGAGGAAACCUGGCGCGAGCUCUUCAUUCUCGCCAUGGCACAGCAUCUCAUGCCGAUCAACUUCUCCCAACUCCUCCUCGCGUACGAGAUCGAGACCAAUAGUCGCGAGAAUCGCGGGCCGACGGCAAGUUUCCGCCAAGAAGUCGACAACUUCCAGAAGAUUCUCCACCGCAUCAGUCAGCUGCGAAUCGACGAUAACGAGUUUUACUUCCUGCGUGCAAUUGUCCUCUUCAAGGCGAACUCCGACGCAGACUCGGACUCCUCCAGCACCACUGACGACGGUGGCAAUCGCCAGCUCCAGGAGUCCGAGCGCGUGCGGAGUCUGCACGAGGACGCAAAGGCCAAACUGAGGGACUACGUCAACACCGUGUAUCCCAUCCAAGUACAGAGGUGCAAGGAAUUGCUACUGAUUCUGCCCGAUUUCGCAUUAGUGUCGGAUUACACAAUAGAGGAGAUUUUCUUCAGACAGAACAUCGGUUAUGUCUCGAUCGGCAAACUCACACGCAACAUUUACAGAGAGCGGAUGACAAAACAAUACGAAAAUUCUCCACCCUUGCCUCGGUAG